UCGUCUUGUAUUUAUAAGCAGCUCGAUCGGAAGCACUCACCACAGAGUUGUGCAUCUUCUCUUCUUCCUCUUCCACUGAAACUUUUUUCCUUCUUUUCUCACUAGCGUUGAGUUUGCCAGUCGAGAGUAGUUAAGCGGAGGAGCGAUGGGAUCGAUAAGCUUCAGCGAAGAGCAGGAGGCGAUGGUGAAGGAGGCGUGGGAGUUGAUGAAGCCCAACGUGCAGGAGCUUGGUCUGAAGAUGUUCUCCCUAGUUGGGCAGAUGUUGCCGGAGGCGGCCGGAAUGUUCUAUUUCCUCAAGGACCCGAACCAAAUCCCCCAGAACAACCCGCAGCUCAGGUCUCAUGUUGUCAAAGUGUUCACCAUGACCUGUGAAUCGGCUGCUCAGCUGCGUCAGAAUGGCAAGGUUGUGCCUGUGGGAAGCACACUGAAGAGGAUGGGCUCCAUUCACCUUAAGAAGGGUGUCCAAGAGUCUCACUUUGAGGUGAUAAAGGUGGCGUUUCUGAAGGUGGUGAAAGAAGCCGUUGGGGAGAAAUGGAGUGAAGAGAUGGGCGCUGCAUGGGCCGAAGCCUACGACCAACUGGCUGCUGCCUUCAUAGCCGAGAUGAAGAUCCAAUCCGCUAAUUAGAUCCAUUUCAUCCAGUCCAGUUUGUAUUAGGGAGUUUGUGUUCUUGGUUCAAAAUCAAAAAGCUUUCUGAAGUUUUUUAGUUUGAAUUGAUAUCAUUUGUUUGGUA